AUGCUAUUUUCUGAUAUUGAUGAAACUUUAAGCCGUUUUUUUACACCUGCAAUGCUGGAAGUUCAGUGUGCUAAAAUUAAAAGCUGUUUAAAUUACCAAGCUAUUUCUAUUAUGAAAGAAGAUAUUAUUAGAUAUCAAGAGUUUGAUUUAGAAACUUCUGAGUUUAUUAAGGAUGAUGAAGAUCUAAUGCAAAUUUUAGUAAAUAAUAUAUUGAAAAAUGUAGAUACCAAACCUUAUUAUGUCACUAAAAAAUUUAAUAAAGAUUAUCAACAACCUGCAAAACUAGCAAAUUGCAAUAUUAACAGAUUGUUUAUAUCUUUAAUUAAUAUUCAAGAAGAAAGAUAUGAUGUUAUUGAUGAAAGAAAAUUAUAUGGAGAAUUAUGGGAUGUUGCACGAUCUAUUACACAAAAGGCUUUAUUAGCUAAUAUUCAAAAGAAUGAAUUAGAAAACAAUAAUAUUAGUGAUGACUUGUAUGAUGAUAAUAGAAAAAGGAAAAUAAUCAAAGAGUUAAAAUCGAAUAAACGUCGAAAUCAGUGUGAUAAUUGUGAUGAAUAUG